AUGGACCUGGGCAAGUGGAGGAGAGCAGUGGGCAUGCUCCUGUUGGGCGUGACCAUAUUUGGCUGGACCAGCACGAACUUCCUCGCCAGCUCCAUCUUCUCCGACGAUACCUACUCGAAGCCAUAUUUCGUCACCUAUGUCAACACUUCCUUCUUCAUUCUCCCCCUCAUACCGAUAUUGAUUAAAAAAGCCUACCAGAAUCCGGAAGAUCUGAGGCGGUUGAGAGAUGAGCUACGAAGCACUCUACAGUGGCGGUACACCCCUUUGAAGCAGGAAGAUGGAGACGGGCGCAAUUCCUCCAAUAGCCCAGUCCUGCGCAGUACCGAUGCGCUCCUCGAGCUGCCCUUGGAGACGACCGAUGUGCUCAACGCUAAGCACAUGCACACCCCUUCUGCUGCGGACCUGGCCGAGGAUCCGCUCACUUUGCAUGAAAUCUUCAAAUUGAGCGGCGAAUUCUGUAUUCUGUGGUUUCUCGCCAACUACUUCGUGGCUGCCUGUUUGCAAUAUACCACUGUGGCUUCAUCAACUAUCCUCACGAGCACCAGCAGCGUCUUCACACUCCUCUUCGGAGCCAUCUUCCGGGUGGAACGCUUCACAGUGCGCAAACUGCUCGGAGUCCUGGCAUCCCUAUCUGGAAUCAUCGUCAUUUCGAGUCUAGACCUGUCUGGUAAGACCAACGACGACGAGCAUCGAGGUGAUUUCCCCGAAAAGACACUACGAGAGAUUGCCAUUGGAGACUUUCUGGCCUUUCUAUCGGCCGUCAUGUACGGUCUUUACGCUGUGUUCAUGAAAAAGCGCAUUGGAGAUGAAAGCCGUGUCAAUAUGCCAGUGUUCUUCGGCUUUGUAGGUCUGAUCAAUGUCCUCUGUCUUUGGCCUGGGCUCGUCGUCUUCCACUACGCGGGGAUCGAACCUUUUCAGCUGCCACCGGACUGGAGAGUGACUAUGGUCGUCAUUUUGAACUCAGCAGGCAGCCUGGUUAGCGACAUGGCAUGGGCGUAUGCUGUAUUAUUGACUUCGCCCAUCGUCGUCACUGUUGGUCUAAGCAUGACGAUACCAAUUUCCUUGAUUGGCCAAAUCGUCCUGGACCACCAGACGGCAGGUCCGUGGUAUUGGCUAGGCGCGUGUAUUGUGGUUUUGUCUUUCUUGUUCGUCAAUCAUGAAGAGAAGAAGGACGAUGAGCUACCUAUACCGAUACCGAUCUCAGACGAUGGACCGAGCACAAUUGCUACGACACAGCAGCCCUUACCACGCUGA